GCGAGCGUAAGCUGCUACCAAAAGAACAGUGGUCAUCAUUCAGUCAUAGAAAUUUCGUUUGAUUCUCAAACUGGAAUAUUAGUGACGAGGUUGAUAACGCAGAGCUUUGUUUUAAAAACAUGUUCUUUGGGAUACUUAGAUGCACAUUUCUAAUUUUACUUAUUUGGACAUCGUGCCAGGCCACCCCGGCAACCGAGACGCCUCCUGAGACAACACCUGUUUACCUGAACAAUGUCAAGACAGCCAGGCUCAACAUGAGAAUGCCUACUCUUGAUAUUAACGCAUUUUACCAUGGCUAUGCUGGGUUUCAAAGCAAAGACUGCGACUCUGCAUACGAAUUUAAAUGUAAGAACCGUCGUUGCAUUCCUGCUACUUGGCGCUGUGAUCGUGAAAACGACUGUGGCGACCGGAGCGACGAAGCCGACUGUGUGCAUUUUACAAGAAAAUCUGCGCCCAAACCCUCGGUCAAAAGCUUAACGUUUCCACAUGGGCUCCCUAUUGGAUAUCCUGCAAAAACGGGCACCUGCUCAACCUUCCCCGUAUAUGGUCAAAAGUACCUCUGGCAGUGCACCAACGACCAUGAUUGUAUAUUAGACAUGAAAUGCUGUAAUGAUGGAAAAGGAAAAGUGUGCAAGCCACCCGUUUUGGAAAGCCUACGCCCUUAUCUGUCUCCCCAACAGCUGGCUCGCAUGUACACUGUUGGCCACUGCGAUAUGAGACCAAACACGGGUGUUAAACACGGCAUCAGUGGAGACAUCUACCUUGUUCAAAGAGGAAACUUGCUCGAAGUCCGAGUAAAUAUUUCUGGACUGCCAACAGAGGGCAAUAGCUUAAAACAUGGUCUUCACGUCCAUACAUACGGUGAUUUGAGCGACGGGUGCGCUUCUACCGGGGGUCACUUUAACCCAGCAAAUGUACGACAUGGGUCCCCGACUGACCUGCCAAACAAAAGGCAUGUAGGCGACUGGGGAAACGUAGAAAGAGAUUCUGAUGGAAAUGUUGUAACAGCUUUCUUGGACUCUGUUGCUUCACUUUGGGGACCAAACACUAUUAUUGGAAGGGCCAUUGUUAUUCAUGCCAGUGAAGAUGAUCUGGGGCGUGGAGGGGACAAGGGAAGUAGCCUGAGCGGCAACGCUGGACCAAGGUUGGCCUGCUGUGUGAUAGGAAUUUCUAAUGGUAACAACCUGUUACAACAGGGAUGAUAAAAACUGGACAGUUUAGCCAAUU